CCUCCCAGGAGGGGAAAAAUUCCACAUCAACUGUGGAGUCGAGGGAAUGUGAUACCACCAAGGAUGUGAUGAGAGGGUCCAGGUCUCCUCGAACUCCGAAGGGAAAACGGACGCCUGGUAAAGCGGUCAGACAGAGCCCCAGACUGUUUGGGAGUCCUAGUCGUCAGUUACGAAGUAUGACCUCACCUGCUAAAGUUAAUCCACAACAAGUAGCAUCCCCAAAAUCAGUGGAGAAAAAGAAAGGAGUGAAGAGACUAAGGGAGAUAACUCCUGGAGAGCCAAGCAAAACGGAGAAAAAAACUAAAAAGGCACGAAACGGGAAAAGAACAGUUGACCUGAGUAAAGUGGAUUUUGAUAAAUUCCUCAAUAAAAUACACAAGACGUAAGGGACUUAAGAGAGCCUUUCUUUGUGGAAGAAUCUCAGAUGUGAUGCUUCAUGAUGCACAAUGACAAAGAUUUACAAAUGUAAAGUAAUUCUAAAGAGAAAACCUGCUCAGAUCAUAUUCAUAUUUAAUAAUUUAUUUAUAAAAAUAGAGUUUUUUUGUAAUUAUGUUAUACCAGUCUUGAAUGUUAAGAAACAUAUUUGAUUUUGUUGACUGUCACUGUGUGUGGCUCAGUAAAUUAUUUAUUUCCAAGAA